AUGAUGUUUAUGUACGAUGUCAUAAAAUCAGGAUUUCAUGAUAUGAACAUGAACCAUAGCACUAUAGCACAGUGGCCUGUUAAGGAGCUUUGGUUAUACUCUAGCUGUUUGAGUUCUGCCAUUUCAACUGAGGGAGACUUGGAGAACAUUCAGAUUUUGGCUGAUCUCCUGUUGGUUUCCAAGCCUGCUAGAGAGCUCAUGCACAAGCAGCUGUCUUCUUACAUCAAGAAACCAAAACACUUAUCAGCCGCUCGAUGUGGAAAAACUUCAGAUAGCAAUCAGCAGACCAUUUCUGCAAAGAGAGAAUCACCAUACGAGGCAAAAGCAAAUAAUAAGAAGGCGAGAUACGAGAUUAUCGAUUUAACAGGGGACGACGAUAUCAUAAAGCCGAAACCUCGCGCGGGGUAUAUUUUUGCACGAGAGAGAGUUCCAAAAAAGCGUGGAUAUACUUACAUACCUGUCAGAAAUAUCGUACUUCACGACCCAGAUCGUGAAGAGCCGAGCGAUUGGAGAGGCGAUACCACUGCUGAACCAAGUCGUAGGACGGAUGAUCACAUGGAUAAGCGCAUCUUGAUUCAAAGUUUGACGGCGAGCGGAGAUUAUGAGCAUUGUCUACAAAAAGUCAGGUGGGUAACCGCAGAAUCCAGUUUACUCUCUAGCCUCAUCAAGGGCUGUAUUACCCCAUCGGAACCUGCACUGGAGAGUAUGGUCAAUCUAGAUGACUGGCCUGAAGAGGAUGUCUGUGUUAGUGUGAAUUGUGAUUCAAUAGUUAGACACUACGCGACAAACAACAACCAAGAAGCGGUGAUGAUCCAGGGAUGGGGUGUGAAAAUGGCCUUUAGGGCAUUGAGACCAUGGCUCGAGAGAAUUGGUAAGAACAGCGAACACUGGGUGGAAUGGGAACCUGAAGUACUCGAGAAGGCGUGUGUGAUUGAGAAAUUCAUUGGUACGAACGAUCGGCGCUGCGGUGCACGAUCCUUGGUCUAA